UGCAGACAUGCUAAAGAGUCUAAAAGACUAAAACCCGUCAGAAAUUGUGGAAUAUAUAUAGCAUGCUUCGCCUGAAACAUAAAAUGCACAAUUUUUCUUAAUUAUAGUUGUUCAGUGUUUAGUUCCUUAUUAUUUGGGUGUUUCCUUUCCCGGCCGGCCUCAUGAAUCAACUGCAUCCCUUCCCUUACAUGGCUUUCAUCCUCUUUUUCAUUGGCUUGCUACACAUAACAGGGGUGCAAUCGGUCGGAGUUUGUUACGGGAAGAACGGCGACAACUUACCAUCGGAAUCUGAUACCAUAAAUCUCUAUAAGAGGAACGGAAUCCAAGCGCUCCGAGUCUACAGCGCCGACUCCAAAGUCUUCGACGCUUUAAGGGGCACCGAAAUCGACGUCAUCGUCGACGUUUCCAACGACAGGCUCCCUGAACUCGCCGAUCCCGCCGGAGCCACCCGCUGGGUCCAGAAUAACAUCGUCCCUUAUUCCGAUGUCAGUUUCAAAUAUGUCGCCGUCGGGAACGAAGUCUACUCCAAAAACUCAGAUUCCUCUCAAUACGUCAAAUACGUUCUCCCCGCCUUGAAGAAUGUGCACGACGCCUUGUCCGCCGCCGGGUUGCAGGGCCGAAUUAGGGCAACGACCGCCACCUACUCCGCCGUACUGACCAACACCUACCCGCCGAAUCAGGGGGUAUUCAACGACGACGCGAAGGAUCUGAUGAAUCCGAUCGUGAAAUUCCUGGCCGAGAAGGGGUCACCUCUGCUGGCCAACAUUUACCCUUACUUCGGCCGGAAGGGCGACCCGGCCCAUAACACUCUGGCGUACGCUCUGUUCACGGAGACCAACCCGAAUUCGGCCGGGUACCGAAACCUAUUUGAUGCGAUGCUCGAUUCCAUGCGGGCCGCGGUUCAAAAGGCCGGUGGCCAGAAUGUGAGAAUCGUCGUCUCCGAGAGCGGGUGGCCGUCGGCCGGCGGCUUUGACGCGUCGCCGGAAAACGCUGGAACUUAUUACAAAAAACUAAUUGAUCAUGUGAAGAGAAACUCAAUCGAGACGUACCUGUUUGCCAUGUAUGAUGAAAACAAGAAAAGCGGGGAUGAAAUUGAGAGGCAUUUUGGACUUUUCCACCCGGGCCAGAGUUCGAAGUACCAAAUUGCCCUCAAUUAGCUAAAUGAAUUUAUUUAAUUGUGAAACUAUGUUACACUUAAUGAAAUAAUCAGUUCAUGCAUUAAAAUAAUGAUGAAAGAAAUACGAAGUACUAUUAUUAUUACUUAAUACUCCGUAGUAUUGUUGUUGUUGUAAAACGUUCCGUAUAAUAUAAUUGUGUCUUCUUUAGUUUAUCUUUUAUCUUAGAGGUGUUUACCUUUUUUAUUAAGUCC